CCCGCCAGCGUGAAGCAAGCAACGUAGGCUUCUUUGCCAUCCCCGCGACCCGGCAUCGCAAGAAUUUGUGAGAAAGAAGGGCAGUAAGCAGCAUCGUGAGCCCUUUUCAUCGGUAAUAUCUCUCCAGCAUACCAGGGAACAAAACUCUGUUGAUAUGACAACGAGCUUACCGAUCUUGGUUUCAAUCCUUCUCACCUCUCUGAUAUGCCAAAUUUAUUCCUUCACCCCGUCUCCAGUAGAGUGGAACUUGCAGUGUAGAAAACGGGCGAACCCCGAUAAUCGCUGUGUGAGGACAUGCGCGCAAGUUUUACCACAAGAAGAUAGAUUGCAUGUUGCAAAUGGCGAUCAAUUGAAUUCGGAGGUAGAGGAAAACGCGAACGAAGCUUCGAAGGACAUUCAAGCAUCGUCACAGAUAAUGAGGUGGCUUGGAUCCCAAUACACAACCAAGAAGACUACAAAGCAGUACCUUGAAUCUAUUCAGAUGGACAUCGAGUUGCAGGAAAGUAGAAAAAGAAGGCCUGACGAUUUUGGAGAUGAAUUGGGUGAAGCAAGCGAUGAGAGGCCAACCUUCAAGGUCGCGGGCCUUUCUAAUCUCGAGUUGUCGAAGAGACAGCGGAUCAAGAUGGCACUCAGAAAUGGAAUUUCAUACAUUGCAAAAUCUGCGGGAUCAAUUCUUAAUUUCAGCAAAUAGCUGAUGGUUUUUGCUGGAUGAAAGUUGUUAGAUGCUGCCCUCGUUUUUGUAUAGUAAUACACAUGACUCUUACAUG